AUGGGCCCGAGGAAUCGUGGAGGUCGGCCGACUUUAAGUCAGGGCUUGGACCGUGAGGUCUACCAAGUCGUGCGCAAAAUUAUCGAUGACCAGCCUGAUGAGGCCCGGAUUCGCCUUUCAGUCCCCGCUAUAUACGAACAGCUCAAAAAGUCCAAUUCCAGCCUGAACCGCAAACCCAAGAAGUUGCUGGAGGACAGUCUGGAGCGGGUUCUGGAAGUCAUGAAGAGUGAGGGACUGUGCGGUGAAGAUGAGGCAGACUCAGUCGAGGGGGACUUUGAAGGGCUUGAGGAACCACCUGUUAAGGAAGCCAAUGGCGUCAACCAGAGCAUCGUUGGUGCAUGGGCCACUCCCAAAGCAACAACAACAUCCUCCCGCAAAACCGAAUCAGGCUCUUCCUCCAAACGAAAAGGAACCAGCGGGGAAUCUUCCUCGAAAAGACGCAAGGCUGAGGCUGCAGUGGACCGAUCCCCGCCUACUCAUGUUAGUCUUACGGAUUUGGGCGGUUUGGACGAUGUGGUGCAGGAAUUGGGUGAUCUGGUUAUCCUGCCCAUGACCCGGCCGCAGGUUUACCUAGCAUCGAAUGUGCAACCGCCGCGCGGUGUACUUCUUCACGGUCCGCCGGGAUGCGGAAAGACUAUGAUUGCCAAUGCAUUUGCUGCCGAGCUCGGCGUGCCGUUCAUCUCGAUCUCGGCGCCCUCGAUUGUAUCCGGUAUGUCGGGUGAGUCUGAGAAAGCGCUGCGCGAACAUUUCGACGAGGCCAAACGAAUCGCUCCUUGCCUGAUCUUCAUUGACGAGAUUGACGCAAUCACACCCAAGCGUGAGAGUGCACAGAGAGAAAUGGAGAAGAGAAUUGUUGCCCAGCUCCUCACCUGCAUGGACGAAAUCGCUCUCGAAAAGACAGACGGCAAGCCAGUCAUUGUUCUCGCCGCAACCAACCGACCCGACAGUCUAGACGCAGCUUUGCGCCGUGGCGGUCGUUUCGACAAGGAGAUUAACAUGACAGUCCCCUCCGAACCAGUCAGAGAGCAAAUCCUGCGCGCUUUAACGCGAAAGAUGCGCCUGGCAGAUGAUCUCGACCUGAAAACACUAGCUAAGCGAACUCCUGGCUUCGUCGGCGCCGAUCUAAACGAUCUCGUCUCAACCGCCGGCGCAGCCGCCAUCAAGCGGUACCUGGAAAUUCUUAAAUCAAACAGCGGUGAGGAUAUGGAAAUGGAUAUGGACAUGGAAGUCGAGGGCGAAGGCCAAGAUGAUAUCAUCAGCCCUAAAGUCCGCGAACUCCGCCGUCUAAUAACGCACGCCAAAGAAACUCCCAUCGGCGAAGAAACGAAUGAAAUCUCCAUCUCAAACGCGGAUUUCUUCACCGCACUCCCCAAAAUUCAACCCUCUUCCAAGCGCGAAGGCUUCGCCACCGUCCCCGACACAACAUGGUCCGACAUCGGUGCUCUGGGCGGAAUUCGCGACGAACUCGUCACCGCUAUCGUCGAGCCGAUUAAGAACCCAGACAUUUACGCAAAUGUGGGUAUCACCGCGCCGACGGGUGUUUUGCUCUGGGGACCACCCGGUUGCGGUAAGACAUUACUGGCAAAGGCCGUUGCGAACGAGUCCCGCGCAAACUUCAUCAGCGUGAAGGGACCAGAACUCUUGAACAAAUUUGUCGGAGAAUCCGAGCGUGCAGUCCGACAAGUUUUUGUUCGUGCGCGCUCAUCCGUACCCUGUGUUAUUUUCUUCGAUGAAUUAGAUGCCCUCGUACCCCGUCGCGACGACACACUCUCCGAAGCCUCCGCCCGAGUCGUGAACACUCUUCUCACCGAGUUGGAUGGACUCGGAUCCAGUCGCCAGGGAAUUUAUGUUAUUGCCGCGACCAAUCGGCCUGAUAUCAUUGAUCCGGCUAUGCUUCGACCGGGUCGUCUGGAGACGCUUCUUUUCGUCAACCUGCCCUCGCCACUUGAGCGUGUCGAUAUUCUGCAGACGCUUGUGCGCAAAUUGCCGAUUGAGUUUGAUGAGUCUAUGCGUCGGCUUGCGGAGGAUUUGUUGCGGAGGGCUGGUUACUCUGCUAUUAAGAGGCGGGAUAGUAUCAAGUUGGAGGACUUUGUUGCUGCCAAGUCGUUUAUCAGGCCUAGUGUUACUGAUAUGAAGAAGUAUGAGAAGUUGAGGAGGGAUUGGAGUGGUGGUGUGAUUUGA